CGGGCUGCCCAACGGUCGGAAACACGAAUUUUUUUAAGCGUCCACCCCCGGCCGGUGGCUGCAGCAAUUUUUUCUUACGUUGGCGUCUUCCCUUGUGCAACGUGUGUCUCCGGUCGCCGCGAUCGCGACAGCCAAGUGCGUCCCCUCUCCUUCAUGGCUGACCUGUGCCGCAGGCUGCCUCUGUUGCUGCUUGCCGCUGUAUUGCUGCUUGUUGUUGUCGUCUUUCAUAUCUGCAUCCUCGAUCGCGUCCCUGGGAGGAAACAGAGGCGGCGAACAAUGAAGGCAACCGGGAAGAUGGAGAAGGUGCAGACGAAGAGGACGAUGUCCGUAGGGGCUUGCGGGUCGUCACGUCAGCGUUGCGGCUCUGCGGAAGGCAGCAGGCGCCCGUACGACCCGACGCUGUACAACCACCUGCCGUCCCACGAGAUUCCAUUGCCUCCGAGUGACGACGACAGCGACGAGCCCCGAUCAUCAACGGUUCCUCUGGGCAGCGGUUCGACGCAUGAUUGGAUGGGGAGCCAGCUGUACAGACAGCCCUCAACGCCGACGUACACUGAUCUGCUGGAGGGGCGGACCCCGGUUGGUUAUGACGGAGGGCUCGUAGAUCUCAGCUUCGAUUUGAGGUCUGGGAGUGGCCAGGACGUCACGCACACCGUUCUCGUGAACCCGGGUUCUGCCAACAACCACACAGCGCCUUCGGUGGGGCCGUGUGGCCUUCCUGACACCCGCGGCCGGGGUUCUGGUCAGUCGGGCGACGAACGUGGACUCGUUUCGCGAGGGCGGGCGGCAGUGGGCACAGUAGGUGUUCGCACGGAGGGGACGAGGACAGGUGGAUCAACAACGGCAGGUGGCGCAGUCCACCGAGGAGGGGAUGACGCUGACGACUACGCUGCGGAGGUCGCGGGGCGAGAGGUUUGGGAUGAUUACCGGCGACAAUCGCGUCAAUCUAGCACAUCCGCCAUAACGAGAGGGGUGGCGAAGAUCAAUGUACGGGCGGACGACACACCCGGCGAUUGCGACGGUGCGGGUGGUGAAGAUUUCUCGGCAGGCGAGGGGGCAAUGACAACGACGACGACGACGACAGGGAGAUGGAUUUUCGUAUGCUGGGGAAGAAACGGGGAGGGCCCAGGGCGACGAGCAAACGUCCUGCCAGAAGAAGUGGUGAUGGUGGACGUGCAAGGUACUUCAGCGGCGCCGCGAUUGGGUUUCGGGCGAGAUGGGUUGACGAGGGAACAGGUGUCCACUAUCAAGCAGAGCAUUGCUGUUGGUGCUGCCGGGGAGUCGCAAAGGACUCCGAAGGCGGCAAGGGUUGUCAUAACGGAGGUGCGCGUCCCGAGGCAACUUCCAGCGGCGACGGGGCAAGGCCAGCCACGUCAGGCACUUCCACUGCAACAGCUGGGGGCUUCAGGGGGAGGGGAAGCACAGCCCGCGCAAAAGGGCGAUGCAACGGCGAUCGGCACUCGGACCGCGGCGGCGGAUCGCUGUGGUAGAACCGGAGUUGCCAAAGGUGCGGGCAAGGAGAGGGUGGACGACGUCCGCCACGACGAGGGAAGAAGAGAUGGAAAGCGGGAGGGCGACGACGACGACGACCGUCCACUUGUGACGAGGUUGAAGGGAGCCGCAAAGGAGGAUGGUCUAGAGGAAAGAUCGAAGUUGUGGGUUGAUUGCUACUCUUUCUGGGGUCAGGGACCGCGGAAACCAUUGAGGGAGGCGGUUGGCAAGAGCGCGGACUACUUCAUCGCAAUCGUCAAUGGAGACGCGGGAGCUGAACCGCCUGCGAUGCUCAUACUGCCCCCGAACGACGUGUCGCGCUUCAAGAUUGACGACCCUGCGCAGCGUGAACCGGCUCUGCGCAGAGCGCGCAACGUCGAGAAACUGGUGUUGCACGCCAUCCACUGGAGCUCGUGCAGAGUCGUACAUCAGUGUCGACAUUGCCACAGACGUCGCACGAGCAGUUCGGCAGGGGCAGGAAUGGUCGAACGUGGUGUCCCCUGCACUCGUGUACCACACUCUGGCGCUGAACAUGGACGUGCCUUUGUGGUUCGCGGAGGUGAAGAUUGUGGAUCGGCCCGAGGACGACGACAUGGCGGCGCGGCAGGAGGCGACAGUUCUUCGCAUCGCGGAGUGCUGGACAAACGCACUGUGGUGUGGACAAUGGGCGGACGGUGGGCGCGUGAAACAGGAGAGGUUGUCACGUCUUGCGGACUGUCUUCGAGCGUUGUUGAGCGCGUGCAUGUGGAUCAUGCGCAUGGGUGGUGACGACGAUCGUUCGCACUACGAGGCGUGCCUUUACUCGUCCAUGGUCACGAAACCGAAAAUG